GGUUCUUUGCAGUCGGAGAAAAUCCCUUUCAGCAGAGAAAACCGGCGAAAACGCCGGAUUUAUUCCUCUCUCUCUCUCUAGAGCGCAGUGGGCAGACGACGUUGAAAUCGGACCUGUAAUUUAGGGUAUUUCUCUGUCAAUCUUCGUCAGUGCCGAAGAAGUCAAAGUUACGAUGAUGUUGGCGAAAGUCGAGUCUGGGAAGAAACAUGGUGGGGGUUCUGGUAAUGGGAAAUUGUUGAAGGAGCUUGAGGUGUUAAGCAAAUCCCUUUAUCUCAAUAAAAAUCUUCCAAAUGAUAAGUUCUCUGCAACUGAAGUCAGAUCUAAAUCUGCUGGGAAAGCCCAUUUUCCUGAGCAAAAACCCAAACGCUCGUUUGUUAAGGAAGACCUGUCGGAGAAGGACAAGAAGUCGUCUAUAUGGGAUUGGAAGCCCUGGAAAGCACUCUCUCAUAUUCGGAGCCGAAGGUUCAACUGCUUUUUCUCUCUCCAAGUACAUGCGAUCGAAGGGUUGCCUCCCAAUUUCAAUGACAUCAAUGUCCGUGUGCACUGGAAUAGAAAGGACGGGGCUUUGCAGACUCGCCCGGCUAGGGUUUUCCAGGGUGUAGCUGAAUUUGAAGAGAUUUUAACUUACAAGUGCUCUGUCUACGUUAGUGGAAACGGGCCUCACCAUUCAGCCAAGUAUGAAGCGAAGCAUUUCCUGCUCCAUGCUUCAAUCGUUGGUGUUCCCGAUGUUGAUCUGGGGAAGCAUCGUGUUGAUCUCACUAGGAUUCUUCCGCUUACACUAGAAGAGUUGGAGGAGGAGAAGAGCUCAGGAAAGUGGACAACAAGCUUCAAGCUAUCGGGCAAGGCUAAAGGUGCUACCAUGAAUGUUAGUUUUGGGUUUUCAGCAAUUGGGGAUGUUCAGGUUCCAUCUGGCAGUUACAGAAAUCAUCCUGAAAAUCAGAAGUUAACUCAAAAUAGAAUAAGUUCAAUGAAGCUUGCAACUGCUGAUCAAGUUGAUAAUAGGGGAAAGGUCAGUCUUAGACGCUCUGGAAGCCUUCCAGAUAUUGCUAAUCAGCGGUCGCAUCUCCCAUCUCAAUUUAUGGAAGAUGUCAAGAUUCUUCAUGAGAUUUUGCCGAGUUCAAAGUCAGAGCUUGCUAGCUCGGUAAGUAUUCUGUAUCAGAAAUUUGAUGAAGGCAAGAUAGAUUUGUUUGUUGAUUGUAAACGCGAGUUUGAGGCUUCAUCUGAACAUGUUGAGCCUCUUAAAGCAAAGCUUGGCUCUUUCUUUGAGCCUCCCAAAGAAAAUAAUGAAAAAGAGUGCAAAGAUACGGAAUUUACUGUGGUUGAGAAGAGCAUAGAAAAGCCUGACAAGUUUUCCAUAGAAGUGGAGGAAGAAGCUAGCGAGGCUGUUAAUGUUUCUGCAGAAGAAACUACUGAGGUUCCUGAAGUUGAUGAGAAUUAUGAGGUAACCAUCGACAAUGACAAUAAGCCACACCCCCAGGAUGUGGCCUACCGCUGUAAUCAAGAAGUCAAUGUUUGUGAUUCUAAAGAGAAUAACAUAUGCUCUGAAGAAUCAAUCAUGGAGGAGCUAGACUCUGCUUUUCAUAGCCUGUCAAUUUCGGAGUCAGCAGGUUGGGAUUCACCACAAUGUAAAUGGGAUUUUACUGAGCUAGCAAAUUACAUGGAAGUUAAAUCAAAUUAUAAGGCAGAGAAGGUGGGAAAGUCCCUUAGCCUGGACGAUGCUACAGAAUCUGUGGCAAUUGAGUUCUUAAGUAUGCUUGGUAUAGAGCAUAGUCCAUUUGGCAUGAGUUCUGAUAGUGACCCUGAGUCUCCGAGAGAGCGCUUGCUAAGGCAGUUUGAAAUGGAUACCCUGAAUAGUGGAAACUGCAUCUUUGGUUUUGAUAUCAGCGAGGGAGAGGAGGCAGAACUUUGUUAUGAUGUCUCUUCUGGGUCCAGGUGGGGGGAUUUAUCUCAGGAUUUUGAACUCUCGUCAGCUAUUCAAGCUGCUGAGGCAGAGCACCAGAUAGCAACUCAAGCAAUCAACAGUAAAACAAAGGCUAAGAUGCUCGAAGACAUGGAGACAGAAGCUUUAAUGAGAGAGUGGGGAUUAAAUGAAGGUGCUUUUCAGAGUUCGCCACCUGACAGUGCUGGGGGAUUUGGUAGUCCGAUUGAUCUUCCCCCUGAAGUACCUCUUGAGCUGCCUCCUCUUGGUGAAGGGUUGGGACCAUAUCUUCAAACAAAGGAGGGAGGAUUCUUGCGAUCCAUGAACCCCUCGCUUUUCAAAAAUGCAAAGAAUAGUGGCAGUUUGAUCAUGCAAGUCUCUAGUCCCAUUGUGGUGCCUGUUGAAAUGGGUUCUGGUAUUACGGAGAUAUUACAGUGUUUGGCCUCAGUUGGAAUUGAAAAGCUUUCUAUGCAAGCCAAUAAGUUAAUGCCUUUAGAAGAUAUUACCGGAAAGACGAUGCAUCAAGUAGCAUGGGAAGCCACUCCUAGUCUAGAAGCAGGGGAGAGGCAGGCUUUCCUGCAGAAUGAAUUGGAGAUUGAGCAAAAUAGAUUUGGUGGGACAAAAAAGGGUAAAGGAGGUCCUUCUGGGUACCGAUCCAAUAACUUGGGCUCAGGUGCAUUAAGCACUGACAGAGGUUCAGAAUAUGUAUCUCUAGAAGAUCUUGCUCCUUUGGCAAUGGAUAAGAUUGAAGCCCUCUGCGUAGAAGGUUUGCGUAUACAAUGUGGCAUGUCAGAUGAAGAUGCACCUUCAAACAUCUGCCCUCAAUCUAUUGGGGAAAUCUCUGCUCUUGAAGGUAAGAAGGCCAACAAUGGUGGCUUUCUUGGUUUGGAGGGAGCAGCAGGAUUGCAGUUGUUGGACAUCAAAGAUGGUGGGGAUGAUAUUGAUGGAUUAAUGGGCCUAUCCAUAACACUGGACGAGUGGAUGAGGCUGGAUUCUGGAAUUGUUGAUGAAGAUCAAAUCAGUGAGCGAACUUCUAAAAUACUUGCUGCCCAUCAUUCUAAGGACCUGGCUACCGGAGGAUGGAAGGGAGACAAGAAACAGGGCAACCGUUCUGGUAGAACCUGUGGUUUACUUGAAAACAACUUCACAGUAGCAUUAAUGGUACAGCUUCGAGAUCCCUUUCGUAACUAUGAGCCUGUUGGUACUCCGAUGCUUGCUCUAGUUCAGGUGGAGAGGGUUUUUGUUCCUCCAAAGCCAAAAAUAUACAGCACAGUUUCAGAGAAUAGGAUCAACAGUGAAGAAGAUGAUGAGUCUGAACUUAUGGUAAAGGAGGAGAUUAAGAAGGAUGAGCUCAAUGAUAAGAACGAUGGAGAGGAAGGUGUCCCACAUUUUAAAAUCACUGAAGUCCAUGUUGCUGGUCUAAAGAAUGACCCAAACAAGAGAAAGCUUUGGGGCAGCAAAACACAGCAGCAGUCUGGGUCCCGGUGGUUGGUUGCUAGUGGCAUGGGGAAGAGCAACAAACAUCCAUUUUUUAAGUCAAAGGAAGUAGCAAAAUCACCACCUCCCAAAGUCACCACAACAGUGCAGCCUGGGGAUACUUUGUGGAGCAUCUCAUCCCGUGUUCAUGGCACUGGAGCCAAAUGGAAAGAAUUGGCAGCCCUUAACCCACAUAUUCGUAAUCCGAAUGUCAUCUUCCCAAACGAAACUAUCAGACUACGUUAGGGCUCGACGAACAGUUAAAACCUGUCUAUAACGCUGAAUUUAGUUACUUGGUGCCUGGGAAGGAAGAUUGAUCAGUCCUGAUUGGAAAUGGAGCUUCACCUUGUGUAUUAGUUAGUUGAUAUUUGGAUCCAUGCAGCUGAAGGUAAAUAGCUUAUGUUCUCCUUUGUUUUAUUGUUGUUGGUAAAUCCAUCUGUUUUUGGGAAGCAUGUGUGCAGGCCUUGUAAAUCUUCUCACUGUAUAAGAAGCAGUAUUUGAUUUUUCAUUGGCUAGUCUAUGUGAGAAAAAGUAUGUAAUUCUCUCUCUCUCUCAAUUUUAACUUCUCCCCUUAGGUGGGGAGGUCUGAGGAGGAGAGAACUUGAUUGAUUUCUGUUGCAACAUGCAAAUAAUGCUUCAAAUGCUUACAGAGCUUGUCAAUCC